CUGAGCAAAGAGCUGAAGUCGCACAACUGGUCGCCCAUAGGUUGCAGCUCACAAUGGCAGCAUCUUCUGUUCAUACAGCCCUCACCAACCAAUCAGUCCUGAAAGCAGGCGGUGCGUGCUUGCAUCAGAAACACCAAGACCCCCGUUCCGCCGGGCCAGUCAUAGGUUGCUCGACGUUGGCGGACCUGGGGCUGAGACGACAAGACAAACGAAAGGCAAUCAGCUUACACAGUACUGGGUCAAAGUCUUUGACGUCUUACCCCGGAAAGAAGAGUGUGAGGCCUAGGAAACCUUUGAUGCACAGCACCAGCAGGGGAGUGGCAAGGAAGGGCGUCACUGCAUGCGCAGUCAAAGAGGCACCGUCCGACCUCCAACUUAGCAGAGCGUUUGAUUCUAUCGAACUCAUUGGCUUAGACGGCAACAGGCGGCAAGUCACAGACCUGUGGAAGGACCGCAAAGUCGUGGUCGCAUGGGCACGGCAUUUUGGGUGCGUGCUGUGUCGAAAAUAUGCGGCUCUACUGGCGGAGAGGAAGGCCGACUUUGACGCCGCCGGUGUUCCGCUUAUUAUCAUCGGGCCCGGCACAGAAAAGCAGGCCAGCACGUUCAAGGAGGAGACGGGGUUUCCGGGAGAGGUUUACGCGGACCCCACCCACGACUCCUUCCGGGCGCUCGGGUUUGCAUCCGGGCUUGGGUCAACGCUAAAUCCGCAGGCGGGUUUGAACGUGAUCAAUGCGCUCCGGGAGGGUUUUAAACAGAACUGGGCCAUCUCCUUCGAGAAGGACACGGUGUUGAAAGGCGGAUGGCAGCAAGGGGGGACUCUAAUCGUCGGGCCAGGCAGCGAUAAUGUUCACUAUCUUCAUAAGGAUCAACGAGCGGGGGAUCAUCCGGAAGUGGAGGAGCUACUUCGGGUUUUUCGAGAGUGACGUUACGGAAUUGCCAGCUUUGUGUACAAUAUACCCAAAUAAAAUAUUGCCCACUGACUCGUGGAAGGAAACGAGACGGGUUUCGUGCUCGUUGUAUGCACCCGUAAUUUGCGUGCUUCCAAAGCUGAGGGUCCGGCGGUCGGAUCGCAUCAGCUUUUGGAACGAGGUUUGUCACCGAGAUUUGAACUAUAGUUUUGUUGGGCAACCGGAAAAAUACAUCUCGUGAAUCAUACGAAAGUCGUUAUGUCAUCCAACUUCAAUGGGACAUAGCCGUUUCGGCCGGUUGAUGAAGCA